AUGUCGAAUUACGCAGAGAAAAAGGAUGGCUGGCCUUCCCAGUAUGCCAGUCCCCCUCCCAACCCUGGAUACGGUGGUUACCAGCAGCCUCAGCAGCAAUACGGGCAAUAUCAGCCGAAUGCACCCUCACAAUACCCUCAAGGUGCCUCAUACACGCAGAGCGCUCCAUACUCGCAGGAUGUCCCUUAUCAACAACUUCCCCCAGGCUACCAGCAAUCCCCUUAUUCUCAGAAUCAGUAUGGCGCACCCCCUCAGGGCUAUGGCGCACCCCCUCAAAGCUACGGCACGGCACUCUCUCCUCCUCAAGGCUAUGGCUCAGCGCCCCCUCCCCAAGGCUACAGCACGGCACCCCUUCCCCAAGGCUACAAUGCCGCACCCCCUCCCCAAUCUUAUAACAGCGCUCCUCUCCAGGCUCAUUCUGCUCCUUCAUCUCAGCAGCAACCCGCUUACCUACAGCAGCCUCAGUCCGAAAAGCGGCACUCGGUCGUGUUCAAGUUCUCCGGCACCAACGCGACCAUUUUGAAUUCUCAGGUUAACGACCCGUGGGGCAAGUCGCCAUUCCAUGUGAGCACGCCAAACAAGAAGGCCACCUCCUUCCGCGCGGCAGACGGUGCUGUCAUUGCCCUUGUCGACUGGGACCACUCGAGUCCUGUGAUGGAAUUUCGGGGGAAGAAGAUCAAGAUCAAGGAGUGGCUACCUCUCAAGAAAGACGACAAGACGUCACGGACGUUCGUCCACGAGGGCAAACAUUACGAUUGGAUCACCCGCGAACAGACCGUCUAUCUUGAGCCAUCGGACAGACCCGGACACCACAUCGCCAUUUGGCGUGACCCAACUGGUGUAACCGAACUCGAGGUCUUCCAAGAGGCGCUCGUUACUGCUGGCAUGCUCGAGGCCUGCUUGUUGGCCGUUGUGCUCAUGCAGAGCGGGAAUUCGCUUGGUGACGGAUCAUCGGGAUCGUAUUAUCCAUCUGUUGGCAUUGCGAUUGGCACCGUGAUAGGCGGAUUGCUGUCACACUAGAGUUUUGCAUUGCCAGUGGUGAUCUAAUGCACAAGUAUUCAACGUUU